AUGCAGUGUGAGCUUUGCCAGGACCAUUUCGCUCUAGGUUUCAUCACAGUCUUGGUCCAAAUAUGGACCAAAGAGCUGAUGUCCAGAGACAGAUUGGUUUGUAAACAGUGUGUUGUUGUCGGAAAUGGAAACGCCCUAAGGAACAGCUUACUUGGAGAAGUUAUCAACAAAUACGAUAUUGUUAUUCGAUUAAACAAUGCUCCAGUGAGAGGCUAUGAACAGCAUGUUGGCAGCAAAACUACUCUGAGGUUCUUUUACCCUGAAUCAGCAACUGAAGACCUCUCUGGUGAAAACGAUCCCGACAUGCUCUUUGUGUUGGUACCCUUCAAAACAGCUGAUCUCCUCUGGCUGAAGGCACUCGUAUAUAAUGAAACAAGUGUAAUGAAAGGAUUCUGGAAAAAUCCACCCUUGAUAAAGAAGUUCGAUAUUUCUAAGGUGCGAAUACUCAGCCCCUUUUACCUACGUCAACUGGUGAUGAAGUUACUGCAGCAACCAGACAAAGAAUCUCAUCCAACCACUGGACUUUUAGCCGUCACAGUGGCCCUGAACUAUUGCGAUGUGGUGCACCUUGCUGGAUUUGGUUAUCCACAUAAUCAAAAAAAUGGACUGAUUCAUUAUUUUGAUAAUCAGCAAAUGACUUCAAUGGCUGUUCUCAGCAACGAUAACACCAUGACCCUGAAGGCCAUCACCCAGAAGGAUACUGGGAAAUAG